CUGCUCAUCGACCCAAACGGUCUCGAAGAACCAGACUACGCGAGCGAUGACCAUGCUGCGGUUCGACAGCCCUGGAUCACCGCGGGCCUAACGCAAGAGCAGGUAAUCGCACUGCUCACGAACGCGUGGAGGACGGCCAACGCAGCGGACAUAGCCCGCUGGCAGGCUCAGAUUGAGGCAGCAGAACAAGCGGCGAGAGACUCCGCGGCCGCGGCCGCCGAAGCAGACAAUCUGCGCAGAGAGCAGGAGAGGCAGGAGGAAGAGCAGGACAGGAAGGACGAGAGGAAGAAGUACAAGGGGAAGUUCACUAAGGUCCCUAGACGACCUCCGCCCGCGGGUGAGCUCAACAUAGCCGCGGCUUUUGCUCUACGGAGGCUCGACAAAGGCGAAUACGUCGAGCUCCACUACUUCACUAACGCAGGCCUCGAUGCAGCAGACGCGUCGUUUGCGCAGACCGACGACGAAGCGUUGGUCAUGAGGCGGGGCGAAGACGGGAGCCCCACCUGGGCCCCCGCAGCGGCAGCCAGAGGUACGAAGGCGGUCACACCCGACCAGGACCUUACCACGGAGCAGCUCUGGCAAGCUGUACCGCGGUUCAUAAAGGCCAUGGAGGAAGCGCACUGGGACCCGGACCGAAUGAACAUGUUAGCUGACUUCUGGGGCAAUCUCCACGAGCACGCGUAUGCGCAGUCCCGGGUCGAAAACAAGAACAAGGCCAUCCUGAUCUAUCAAGCUGAGCAGCGGCGCGCUUGGCACCGUGCCCUGAACACACCGAAGGGAGCAUGGGACAUCAGCAUCAUCGUGGAGAGCCUCCUCCUUGAGGCGUACGACAAAGCAUACCGACUGCGGAGAGAC